AUGGAUUGUCCCAGCGUGGACCCAAACACCCGAUCUGAAGUGGAUUUGAUGAUCCUGGACUACAUAGUAUGCACCGCUAUAAGUCGCUUGCUAAACACUAGAGAGGUGGAAAGCGUCACUUGGUCGCAAGAUAUCAUCGACACUGGCACAGCCUUUUUAUUGACUUUCCAAGACACCGAAUCAAUCCCCGAUGAUCUCCGCACCAAACUCCAGGUUUUUGAUUUCAUGUGCAACUUCCUUCGCUAUGCCUGGCCCACAGCCCAGUCGCCCUCUUCUGUGGAGGCACGUUCUUUUGCUGGACAUUGGCAAGUCUGCCCGAAACGGGACGAUGACCGUGGCAGACCAGCCGCCCUCCCUGAAAUCGUAACUCAAUUUACACUACUUUGCAACGACGCACAUACCCAAAUAUUUGGUGAAAAGCAAAGACGAAUAGCGGCGCGGCUAAUCAUGCAGGCUGCUCUCGAAGUAACAACAGUGCAGGAGAGGAGGGCAUCGGAGAAUUUCGAUCAAGAACUUUACAAAGAGGUCGAUAACCUGAUUACGACACUGAUAAGACAAGUGGAUAUCGACAUGACAAAUUACUGGUCACCGCCGAUGGGAAUCACGCUGGCUGUCCAGGUAGAAUCGUCCUCCCGAGAAAUGCCCCUGCUGAACCUUCAGGAUGCGAUGGUUGAUUUUUUGUCUAACCUGAUGGAAGGAUUGGAGGCCCCGGUACUCGUCCAACUCGAGCGAGGCCAACUCCAGGGACUGAGUCGCACUGAAACGAAACAGCUAAAGGAAAAAGUGGGAUUUAGAUGA